AUGAGUUAGACAAUGAUGUUAGUGAUACAGAAUUCAUUAAUUUUGAUAACAUGUUAGAAGAGGAUGAUAAUGAUGAUGAUGAUGAAGAUGGAGAUAAUGUAGACGAUCUAGUAAAAAAAACAAGAAGAUGGCAUAAAAAGUUACGACCUAUGCUGGCAGAAGCUCAUGCUAGAAGUACCUUUGAUGUUUAUGAAUUAGGUACUGAGAUAAUCAAUAAAAUACUGGAAGUUGAAAGCAAGAACAGGGUGUGUACAUUUCAAGAUAUAAUGGAAGGCAAGGAUUGGUCAUAUGUUGCGCGAUAUAUUUUAGCCGCAUUAUUGUUGAUAAAUCAACGAAAUAUCGAUAUAAUUAAAGAUGGGCAAGCCGUGCUAGAAGAUCGUGUAUUUAUGUCUCAUGAAAUAUCAUUCAAGUUGUUAACUACAAAACGACAUGAAGUUGCAAUUGAGGAUAACAUUGGAAUGGUUGGCAAAACCAAACAAAAUAUCGUACAAGAAUUACCACACAAACGCAUUGAACCAAAACCAGUUAAAGUGCUUAAAGCAUUAACGCCACGUACAGUGGAACCAUCCACUUCGACUCCAAUACCUACUAAAAGAAUUUUACUUGAAGGUAAUAAGAAAGCUCCCUCGUCGACACAGUUAAAACGUAACAAUAUCGUUACAAUCAACGCGUCGACUGCUAAACGAGUUUGUAUUGAUACUGAAUUAAAAACACUUUUAAACGACGUAACGCCUAUUAGAAAUAUUAGCAAAAUACGUCGUUUGACUAUGGAUAUAGAUUCUGGUGUCCAUACACUAGACGAAACCAGUAGUCAGAGUAAUUGCUAGUAUUAAAAUAUUGCAUUUCCGUAAUGCAAUUAAUCCGUAAUGGUACAUGUUUGUGAUUAGUUUUAAGCGAUAUGUAUGUAUAAUGUAUAUAGUAUAGUAUAUAUAUAGUAUAACAUAAAAUUGUAAAAAGUACAAAAGACUAAUAAUCGGAUUUACCGAUUUUUGGUUUACAUCGAUUUAUGCAAAUAAUGUAAAUUGUUGUAGCAAUUAAAAGAAAAGGUGGAGAUUGAUACAAUCUACAAAGUAC